GAUCCGCAAUCAGUUGUUAGCACGAUCUUCGUCAUAGAUCAACCGUAAGACCGUAACCCAGGAUCCUAUGGAUGGUUAUAUGAGUUAUGGCUACUACUACCUUAUGUUUGGAUUAAAUAUAUUUAUUUUCAUUGCCACUUUAUGAUCUAUAAAAUUGUUUAUUCUAUCAUCUCUAAUAAAAACUAGAAAAUAAAAAAAAUUCUAAUAAUUCUUUGAAUUUAUUGAAAUUAUGCUUGAUUUUUAUAAGCUACAGAGAGGUGAGCAGUAGUCAUAUCCAAGGUGAAAAAAGUAAAUAUAAAGAUAUUUGAGGUUAAAUAUAUGUUUUUAUGUACGUCUUAGCUUCAAGAAAUCACAAGUAAAUAAAUAAUUUAAAUAUAAAUUUAAAUUAACGAUUAUGGAUUUAGAUUUUGCUAACAACGAUGUGUUGGACCAGUAUAUAACAAUAUCAAAUAAAUUGAAAAAACGAUUUCUUAAAAAACCAAAUGUUGCAGAAGCUUGCGAAUCUUUUAUUGGCUUAGCUAAACGAUGUGAAACUUUGGAGUUACCUGUGUAUGCAGGAUUGAGUUGGAUAGCUGCAGCCAGAUGUGAAGGAUCUUUAUGUAAUAACACUGGUGAAACAACUUGUUUGACUCAAUCCGCUCGUCAGUUAUUAAAAGCUGAAGAUAGUGAUAGACAAAUCAUUUGUGAAACAUUGUUUGGUGAAAACUUACAAGCUGGUUUAAGCUGUUAUGCUCACGCUGCAAGUAGAUUUGGAGAGAAAAGUAUUUUUCCUUUAUGUAUAGAUUUAGAAAUUGUUGACUUUUUGAAAAGAAUUGAUAAAAUAGAAUAUAUUGAGAGUUAUCUGAAAGAUGCUAUUGAACUAAGUAAAGGUCAUAGUUAUUCAAAUAUUCAUUGCUUAGAACUGAUAGCUUCUCAUUUUAUAAAAGUUGGUGAUUAUUUGGCAGCACUGGAAACCUUCUUUGAAAUCUCUAAAUUAAUUGAAAAUUCUUUAGUAAAUGGUUCCAAAUCGGAUAAAUUAUUGACAUGCGAAAUAAACUGUGUUUUCUUAUUGCUAAUUCUUCGACCAAGUCCACAAAAAUUGACACCGAACUUAACUAAAAUCUUAGAGAAAUAUACUUGGGAUGAUUUCAAUGAUGGAAGUCUAACAGCUUGCAGGAUGUCCGAAAGUAUGUUCUACCUUCUUAGAUCACUAGUAACAGUUUGCCAGUCAUUGGAUAGGAGUAGUUUAAUAGAUUUGGAAACAGAUUUUUGGAAAGUCUUAUCAAAAGAACAAAAGGAACUCUUGAGGAUCUUGUUGAAAAUAUAUGAUGUAUGAAUGUGUAUUUAUUUGACUUGUAAAUUGAAUGCAUCAUACAAAGUCUAAAUUGGGACCAACAAAUGAAAUGAAAAUUAGAAAAAAUUGAAAAAUUCUUUAUUAAAAGAAAUAUACAAAUAUCAAUUUUCCAAAUUAUAAAAAAAAUGUACCACACAACACUAUAAAAGUAUGAAUUUUAAUGUUAAUUGCAAAAAUAUUUUCACGUUUCUAAUAAAACUGUUUUUAAAAUCCAAUAAA